AUGAACACGCUCUUCUAUCUCAUCGGAACUGUCGGAUGUUUCUUCUCUUUGACCCUGUUCAUGAGAUCGCUGGGGAGAGCUUCUAAUCCCGACUACGUGGAAUUUUUGCAUACUCUCUACAGACCCGUUGUUGACGAGAAGAGUUACGUAGAAAGCAUCCGCAAAUAUGAUUUCGAUUUCAAUCGUUGGCCAAUUUCUUUUAUCAUGGACCCGAUUGCCAGUGAACCUGCUGUCAACCCAUUCUCCAAAUGUGCUAAUCCCGAACUUCCGUAUUACAAGAGAGUUGCCAUACAAAUACUAGCCUACUUCGCUAUUAACACCUUCGCCAUACGCCUCAUAUAUCCUGGUUGUGUUGGGGUGCUCCAGAACAUUCUAUGGACGGCGCUAGAAGAAGGAAGAUUGAACCUCGUCGAGGUCUAUAAUGGUAAAAGGGCAAGAAUUGUAACUGCUGAUGGAAACACUAUCGACACGAUGUUUGUCGACAACCGAUUGACUUCCUUGAAUGGAAGGAUCCUUGUGAUCUGCAGCGAGGGUAACUCUGGCUUUUAUGAAGUCGGCAUAAUGGUAACACCAGCUAAAGCCGGUUUCUCGACCUUGGGCUGGAACCAUCCAGGAUUUGGUGACAGUACGGGAUUUCCCUUCCCACGUCAAGAACAAAAUGCCAUUGACGCCGUUGUCCAAUAUGCCAUUAACGAACUUGACUUCAGAGUUGAGGAUAUUGUCAUGUUUGGUUGGAGCAUUGGAGGCUACGUAUCCGCCUGGGCCGCUGCUUCAUAUCCUGAUAUGAGAGGUCUUAUUUUGGAUGCUUCAUUCGACGAUCUCUUGCCCCUGGCUAUCAAACAAAUGCCCAGCUCAUGGAAUUAUCUUGUGAAGGAAGUUAUUCGUUCUUAUGUUGAUCUCAACGUUGGCGACUUGCUUGUGAGAUAUCCUGGCCCCGUACAAUUGGUUCGCCGUACUGAAGAUGAAGUUAUUUGCAUACGCCAAGGCCAGCUUGCUACCAACCGCGGAAAUUACCUGUUCCUGAGACUUGUGGUGAGUCGUCACCCGGAAUUUUUCGAGGAGAUAAACGGAGAGAAGCCAGUGAUUGAUCUACUUCAGGCUUGCGUCGCUCUGUCUGAUCAACAACGCAUUGUACUCUCUAGGACAGAUUUACCUGAGUCAAAGAGGAGGCUUCUUAGGAUGAUUGAGAAGUACAUGCGUGACUACCGAUCAUCACACUGCACCGUGUUGCCAGAAUCAAACUUCAAAGCAGUCAUGGAAACCCUUUUAAAUAUGUAA